AUGGAAAAUUACGGAAAUAGUGAGUUACAACAAGAACCAUCAUCUGGCUCUCGUACGGUAGAUCAAAGUAGCAUUCCAGCAGUUUUACAACUUCGAGCAAACGGACAUGCAGAGCAGGAUAGAGCAGAAAUUCGCAGAAAUUCACACCGUUCUCACAUUAGAUGGGAACAGGAUGUAGUUGACAAUGAGCAUAUGGAUAAGAAAAAACUAAAAUAUGUUGUAUUUAUCAUCCAUCUGAACCUGAUGAAGAUGUAG